AUGGUACAUGUCACCAGCUUGCUUGUGGCCCAGCUUUUGUUCUCUUCAGCUAAGUCAUCAGAUACAAGGGGUGGUCAUGCAGCUAUGGCUUAUAGUUCAUCUUCCACUCACUCCAUGCAACAACCUUUCACUGCAUAUCCAUCCGAUAACACCAGGGACCUAUACCUCAAUGGUAUACACAGUAUUGAUGACCUUAGGACAGAGUUCAAAGUUCUGGAGCAAUUCAGGACCUGUUGGUUAGCUGACUGCAGAGGCCAAUAUUUCACUAUCUAUUCUUUGUUUGUGAUGGUUAAGAGGGGUAGUGCAGAGGAGGAAGAGGAAGAGGGCAGUGUGGAGGAAGAAGGCAGCAUGUAUGAGGAGGGCAGCAUGUAUGAGGAGGACAGCAUGAAGAAGGGCAGUGUGGAUGAGGAGGGCACAUCUCUAUAUGUACGAGGUUGUAGCCACUGA